ACAUGCGCAUACACGCUCUUGCGUGGGAAGUUUAUUGGUUUUUGGUUUUUUCUGUCGAAUGUGGCCAUUGUAGCACAGAAUCGAGGUGUCGUAGUACGUUUAAUAAUAAGUCAACCAAACUUUUCGUAACACAACUCGACAAUAUUCUUAUUAACAUUUUAUACUCGGGAUUAACGUUUUAUACUCGAGAUUACAAAUAACCGAACUACAAUUAAUUGUUAGCUAUUGUUAAUUGUUUCUGACAUAUAGUGGUUCCUAUCAACGUUGAUCAAGAUGCACGUGAAGAAAUAUAUUCACCCGAGAAAUAAAUAUAAAAAUCCACCGAAUUACAAGAAGCUUGCAAUCUUGUAUCCAGAGUUCCGCAAGGUUGCAAUCACGGAUCUUACAGGGAAAGUCAAGCUAGACUUCAAGAAGGAGGAAAGUGUCCGUGUACUUACAGAGACACUUUUGAAGCAUGAUUUUGAUCUGCAUGUAAGCAUACCACCUGAUAGAUUGAAUCCAGCACUUACACUGCGCAUGAAUUAUAUUCUAUGGAUCGAGGACUUGAUGCGACAUUUCAAACUAACAAUGGAUGAAACAAUAGGAAUAGAUAUUGGCACAGGAGCAAUUUGUGUAUAUGCUUUGUUACUAGCCAAGAUCUAUAAAUGUCACAUGAUUGGUACAGAGGUGGACCAGGAAAGUGUAGAGCAUGCAAAAAAUUGCAUAAGAAGGAACAAUCUACAAGACUUAAUUAAAAUAAUUACAGUGAACUCGGAGAGCAUUUUUAAGGAUGCAGUGGAAGAAAAUAAAGUUUAUGACUUUUCUAUGUGCAAUCCACCCUUUUUUGAAAACGAGGGGAAUGAUGAAAGAGUUGCAAAGACUUUGCCACCGAGAAAUGCACCAAGUGGAAAUGAAGGUGAGCUGAAGACCAAAGGUGGCGAAUUAUCGUUUGUGACAAGAAUGAUUGAGGAGAGUAUUGAGCUGAAAGAUCAAAUAAAAAUAUACAGCACAAUGAUAGGGAAGAAGAUAGACUUGCUUCGUCUUAUGAAAAUGAUAAGGUCUAAAAAUAUAGAGAAUGCAACAUGGACGGAAUUCUGUCAGGGUUAUACAACACGGUGGGCCUUGGCAUGGAGCUUUCUACCGAAAGACGUCAUGGAUUUAACUACAGCACCUUUUAUUAGAAAAACUAGGAAAUCCACGGCGCCACUUAUCAGGGAUCACAAAACAUUGAUAACGUUUCCUGUGAAGGACGAAUUUUCUAGUAUGGACGAUGUGAUAAGUUUUCUAAGUACAACAGCAAAAGAGUUGAAUAUUAAAUUACAAGAAGUACCAACUUUCGAGGAUAUUUUCGACGGUUGGGUAUGUCAAUUGACCGUCAGGGAAAAGACAUGGGAGCACGCGCGCAGAAAACGACGAUUAGCACAGCAGCUCGCGUUAAAAAAAUUGAAAAAUGUAGACGGCGAUUGUGUUAACGUAAGCACGUACACGGAAGAUACGUUAAACGCAGUGUCUGUUUUAGAAGAGAAUGUCGACGCCAAGCAAGCUGAUGAAAUUUCUUUGGAGGAAAGAUUAUCAGUAAGGAGUAAAGAAGAAAGUGAGGAGAGUUCGAGCAAAUGCGAUCCUUUGCUCACUUGCGAGCUUUUCGUGGAAAUCGAUAGUCCGAAUAUGGAAGAGACGGUUUCAGAUGAUGACAUGUUUAGCAUAUGGAUGAACUUCAAGGACGGAAGCGGCGGCCUGGACGCGUUACAGUCAUUGAAACAGUAUUUGAAGAAUAGAUUGGGUGUGAAAAGAACGGUUCUUCACGAUUCGUCGAAACCAGUUAAAGUGAGAAAGAAAAGCGUCCUAUUGAAGGCGCUACCGGACCGCUAAAUCGACCGUAAAGUAUUGUUUAUGGGCUUACUUGAGGAAUAAAAUUUGCCAUUCGACUUGUUACAUAUAAAA